GCAUUAGUCGUUCUUACUCUUCAGAGUGUCGCUCGUUUUUUUCCGCCACUGUAAAGGGAGAAUGAGAACCACCAUCCGAGUUCUGGGUGAAAGAAAUUAACCCAGAGCACUGUAUUCAGACCAUAGAUUCAGCCAUAUCAUCCUCACUGCUGCUACGGAGAAAUACUCAGACAAACGCAAACUUCGAACUCUCCAUGCACGCGGAGAACACAGAACAGGACUGUCUAACGGGCUUUUGGGCAUUUUUCGGUUUCCGUUUUUUUCUGUCCUUGCGUGUAGUCUAUGUGGAGCGAACAGUUAUACGAUAAUCUUGCUUGCACUGCCUGCGGCGAGAAGAGAAGUUUGGUUGUUUGCCUGUCGGAAGGGGGACACACGGGAGGCUCGUGGGAAAAGUAGCGGAAGAUGGUUUGGAACGCCGCUUUGAGAAUAGUCUUGAUGUGCGUCCUGGCGCUCUUGCUCGGUUUUACGUCUGUCCGGUGCAAAGCUCGGAUUUACACCAACCAUUGGGCUGUACGGAUAAACGGGGGACACGACAUCGCUGAUCGGAUAGCGGGCAAAUAUGGCUAUAAGAAUAUGGGACAGAUUGGCGACCUGAAGGACCACUAUCACUUCUUUCACAGCAGGACCAUCAAAAGAUCGACGCUGUCCAGUCGCGGUGGCCACAGCUUCAUCUCGAUGGAGCCCAAGGUGGAGUGGAUUCAGCAGCAGGUGGUGAAGAGGCGGAUCAAGAGGGAUUACAAGGCGGCCCCUCAUCCUCUCUCCAGCCCCGCCCAGACUAGCCCCGCCCAGUCCAUCUUCUUUAACGACGCCAAGUGGAGCAGUAUGUGGUACAUCCACUGUAACGAUGACAUCCAUAACUGCCAGUCAGACAUGAACAUAGUGGGUGCGUGGAAGAGGGGCUACACGGGGAAAGACGUGGUGGUCACCAUCCUGGAUGACGGCAUAGAGAGGAACCACCCCGACCUCAUUCAGAACUACGACAACCAGGCCAGUUAUGAUGUCAACGGGAAUGACAUGGACCCCAUGCCCCGUUAUGAUGCCAGCAAUGAGAACAAGCAUGGAACACGCUGUGCUGGGGAAGUUGCUGCAUCUGCUAACAACUCCCAUUGCACUGUGGGAAUUGCCUACAACGCACGGAUAGGGGGGGUGCGGAUGCUGGACGGUGAUGUGACAGACAUGGUGGAGGCCAAGUCUCUGAGUCUGCAGCCGCAGCACAUUGACAUCUACAGCGCCAGCUGGGGUCCUGAUGACGACGGCAAGACCGUGGACGGCCCCGCCUCCCUGGCAAGGCAGGCCUUCGAGAACGGCAUCCGCAUGGUGCGUCUCUCUCACACACACACACACACACACACACACACACACACACACACACACACACACACAGUAGACAUGCACAUUAAGUAUACACACUUAUACCCACGAUCAAAACACCAAUUCGCUCUCAGAAGAAGACUGGGGCGAAGAAUACACAUUGACUUGGACAAACGCAGGCAACCUGGAGGAUGCCGCUGCCGACCGGUCCACCUGGCGGCAGCUCUGCCAGAGCGGUGUACAGAGGCGGGAGGAGGAGAGGAGCACAAAGAAACAAUCACCACAGAUCUGCGGCAGCGCUGCACAGACAGCCACACGGGGACCUCAGCGUCUGCUCCUAUGGCAGCUGGGAUCAUCGCGCUGGCCCUGGAGGCUAAUCCUCUGUUGUCGUGGAGGGAUGUUCAGCACAUCAUUGUCAAGACGUCUCGAGCCGGCCACCUCAACGCCCCUGACUGGAAGACCAACGCUGCUGGAUACAACGUCAGCCACCUGUAUGGCUUUGGCCUGAUGGAUGCGGAGGCUAUGGUGAAGGAGGCGGAGCGAUGGAAGCAGGUCCCCGCCCAGCACAUCUGUGUAGAGAGUGCCGACCGCCAGAUCAGGACGAUCCGCCCAGAGCACCUGGUGCGCUCCGUGUACAAGGCCACCGGCUGCAUCGACAACUUCAACCACCAUGUCAUCUACCUGGAGCAUGUGGUCGUACGCAUCACCAUCACGCACCCACGCCGUGGCGACCUGUCUAUCAACCUCACGUCGCCCUCGGGAACCAAGUCCCAGCUGCUCGCCAACAGGUUGUUUGACCACUCCAUGGAGGGUUUUAAGAACUGGGAGUUUAUGACCACUCACUGCUGGGGAGAGAAGGCGGCUGGGGACUGGAUCCUGGAGAUCCAUGACUCCCCCUCGCAGCUCCGCAGCCAGAAAGUCCCAGGCAAGCUGAAGGAGUGGUCCCUGGUGCUUUAUGGCACCUCUGUGCACCCGUACUCCUCCAUGCGCAGCGACAAGCCCCGCUCGGCCGAGCCCCCUGCAGACGAAGAGUUCAUUGAGGAGUACAACGGGCUCUGUGACAGUGAGUGCAACGAGAACGGCUGUGAAGGCCCCGGACCUCACCAGUGCAUCAACUGCCUCCAUUACUUCCUCAAGUUCAAGAACAACACCAGGACGUGCGUAUCGGAGUGCCCCUCCGGGUUUUUCCGCGACGACAGGAAGCGCUGUAAGAAGUGUUCGUCUGUGUGUGAGACAUGUGUUGGUAGUCGUAGCGACCAGUGCUCCACCUGCAGGCCGGGCUUCCACCUUAACGAGGGUUCCAACACCUGCGUGGCCAGCUGUGUGGACGGCUUCUAUCUGGACCACGAUUCCAACAUGUGCAGGAGAUGCAACGAAAUCUGCAAGAAGUGCAUCACGUCUAAUAUCUGCACCGAAUGCAAACCAGGGACGAGUCUUCAGGGGAAUAGAUGUCAGAUGACCUGUGACCCCGGGACCUACUACAAUGGCCACAGGAGGACCUGCGUGCCGUGCCACCAAGUGUGUGCCACCUGUGCAGGCACGGGGAUGGAGGCGUGUAUCAAGUGUGCAGAGAGCUACUUAAUGGAGGAGUGGCGCUGUGUGUCCACAUGCAGCGUGGGAUACUACAUGGCCGAGCAGACCUUGGACAAUGGCGACGUCAACAAGUCCUGCAGGAAGUGUGACCACAGCUGCUACUCCUGCACAGGGCCCGGCGAGACGAACUGCAGCACCUGUGUGAACGGCUAUAACCUAGAGGCAGGAGUGUGUGUGGUCAGCACCAUCUGCAAAGAUGCAAAUGAAGAAUUUUGGGCGGAAGGCAGUUUCUGUGUGCUCGUGAAAAAGAACAAUCUGUGCCAGAGGAAAGUGCUGCAGCAACUGUGCUGUAGAACAUGCUCGCUAAAAGGGUGACUGGACAUCCCGCGAAGGGGAUGGGGGGGGGGCGGCACCCCUCUACCCCAGCCUGCUCACUCAGUUACAUAAUUUAUAAGAAAAUAUGUGCCUCUUAAGGGACUACGUCGGAGGUGUGAUGACAGAACUACAACAAACCUACCUUUUCCUGUUCUGGGACAUGUGGUCAGGGCGACAGUAGCAACUGGGCCUUACUAAAAAAAUGAAAACAAAUAAUGUGUCGGUAUUUUGUGACCAAAGCAUCGAUGCCAAAAUAAUUGUACCCUUUUCCAGUGUAGGAUGUGUAGGUUGCCGGAGGAACCUUUUGAAUCUGUUUCCCUUCGUGUUCCCCUCCUCGUCAAGAUUAACAAUGCACAGGUGAAAGCUGAUGAACGUACCAACUCCCGGCUGUGUGUUUGUAAAUAAACGUAAAAGCUCACUCAAUAAUGUGAAAACUGUCUGGGUUAAGUUUGCUAUCUGCUAAGUGAGGAUACAUGCGCACAUGAACGCACGCGCACGCACACAGCAGGAUUGUGCAAACACUUGAAUUGAUAGUUGCGAAAAUCAUGUCCCCAUUCUACAUGUAGCCAUUGUGUGCCACAGGAAUUAGAGGUUGCUAAACUGUCAUCUAUGUUUCAGGUAGUGUGUGCGUGUGAGAGAGGAAAUGUUACAGGUACCUUUGACUCACUUAGGUUCAGACAAAUCAUUCCACACCACAUUACCUAAAUCGGGGUCAUGUUUAUUAGGCACAACCUGAUCUCGUCCAAUAGGAAACACUUGUUUGUUUUUUUUGGUACAUUUUUUUUAAAUUGCGUGCCCUAAUGAACAAGACCCAUAUCUUACUGCUACAUGAGACUAUGGGGCCAUUGCACUUUCACAAACAGCAGCACGAUCAGGGCUUUAUUCCACAACAUUGCACGGUUACGUCAUUGCAUUCAAACAGAGUUGGUACUGUAUUGACCUUGAUCAUCUAACGAUUUUGAUAUGAUAGAUGUUUUUGGUGGACUUUUUCAAUUUUAUUCUAUCCUUGCGAGCUGCCACACAUUCAAGACAUGUCCGUGACACUUUAGCAAACGGCAUGCAUUUCAUAAAGGUCAUGCUCAUUAGGCACCAAACGGAAGAAAACAGAUUGCAUGACGUAUUGAAAUGUUUUCUGUUGUGUGCUCCGAUGAACACGACUCAGGUUGUAAGCGCCUCUGAGAGUCCAUGACAAUGGUUGGUGCUGCAAAAUGUAACCACGGUCUGUCUCUGUCAUAUACAGGCUAUGGGACUCAACUUUUGUAGUGGUUGAGGAAAAACCUGUUGAUAAAUCCUGUUCCAGAAGGCAUACUGAGGUGGAUACAGCACUGUGUUCCAAUAAAGAUUCUCAAUGUGGGUUUAUACCUUUUGAACAAUUACUGUAGUUGUGUUGUACUGAUGAUUUUGAUUUGAAAUAAAAAUUGAUUGAUCCCUUUGGAUGAACAAAAAUGUA